GUAAGUAGCCGAGGUGAGUUGUGUUGAGAAGGCGGAGUUGGCAGAAGGGUGAGGGAAGAUGUUUCCGAGUGAGAAUCAUAGUAACGGCUAUCAGCAUCUCUCAGCGGGUAUGGGUAUGGGAAUGGGUCACUCUCACAGAGAGCGAGUCCGUCGCGGCACACGCAGGUCACGUGCUUCCCCCUCCGCGCACACCCUUAGGGUUUGCGACAACCAACCGCAACCGCAACCGCAACAACAACACCAUCCACCUCCUUGCACAGACUUCGAUGUCGCAUAUUUCCAUUCCUAUUCUCACCUUGGUAUCCACCAGGAAAUGAUCAAGGAUCGCGUGCGCACUGAAGCUUAUAGGGACGCAAUCAUGCAGCACCAGAGCUUUAUCGCAGGCAAGGUUGUGGUUGAUGUUGGAUGUGGUACAGGAAUCCUUUCUAUAUUUUGUGCCCAGGCUGGUGCAAAGCGGGUGUAUGCAAUUGAUGCCAGUGACAUUGCCCUACAGGCGACUGAAGUUGUGAAAGCAAAUAACUUAUCUGAUGUUGUUAUUGUAUUGCAUGGACGAGUCGAGGAUGUUGAAAUCGAUGAAGAGGUGGAUGUUAUAAUUUCAGAAUGGAUGGGCUAUAUGCUUCUAUAUGAGAGCAUGCUUGGAAGUGUUAUUACUGCUAGAGAUCGUUGGCUCAAACCUGGUGGACUUAUUCUUCCUUCUAGUGCAACGUUGUACAUGGCUCCUGUUACACAUUCAGACAGAUACAGUGACAGUGUUGACUUCUGGCGCAAUGUUUAUGGAAUUGAUAUGUCUGCCAUGGUGUCAUUAGCUAAACAAUGUGCAUUUGAAGAACCUUCCGUGGAGACAAUAACCGGUGAAAAUGUUUUGACAUGGCCACAUGUGGUAAAAUUUAUUGAUAGUUAUUCUGUUACCAUUCGAGAGUUAGAGUCUGUGACAGCCAACUUUAAGUUCAAUUCUAUGAUGCGAGCACCACUACAUGGUUUUGCAUUUUGGUUUGAUGUUGAAUUUAAUGGACAUGCAAUAUCAUCGACCAAUUAUCAUUCGACAACUUCAUUUAUUGACAAUCAUCAGAUGAAUGGUGGUCAGAGAAAAAAAAAGUCAAACUCAAAUGAAGCACUGGUCUUGUCCACUGCACCUGAGGAGCCUCCAACACAUUGGCAACAGACAUUGAUAUACUUCUAUGAUCCUAUAGAUCUGGAACAAGAUCAAGUUAUUGAAGGUUUAGUGAGAUUGUCACAAAGCAAAGAAAAUGCUCGAUUUAUGAACAUUCACCUUGAAUAUACUACAGGUGGUCGAUCGUUUGUGAAAGAGUCUGUAAUGAGAUGAUCUUUUCAUGUAAUUUCUUUCAGAAUUGUCUUUUGUAUCAAUACUGCUUAAUAUUCUUGGACUGCUGCAUAUAUCAUUUCUGACUUCGUUUCUCCUAGAGUACUUGAGAUAGCAAUUAAAUCACUAAUAUCUGCUGGUUAGACUAGAAUGGAACAACUGACGAACUUUUUAGCAUAGAGUUAGGUCAAUCACAUGAAAUUUUGUUGUAAUAUACUUAUAUCAAAUACAUCAAUGAGGCGAAUUAUUGUGGGCAGUGUCGUUUCAAUUUCCUAUAACAUAAUUACAUAUUCUU